GCUGGGCUGUCCGUCCCUCUGUUUGUUUGUUGACAGCGCGGGCAGGGCGUGAGAACAGGCAGCGAGAGGCGCAGGUGGAAGGCAGGGUGAAAAGCAAACAGAGCACGGCAGAGCGGCCGCAGUCCGCGCACAGCGAGAGGGAACCGUCACCAUGUCGCGGGAUCUGCCGCUCUCCGCGCACCACGACCACGGCCGGGCAGUCCGCACAGGCGACUGUGCGGAUGACAGCGGCGCAGAAGCUGAGGGUCUCCCUGGGCUGUGCUGCACUCUGACCGGAGCUGAGACUCAUUUGGUCCUUCAGGAGGGUCCCGGGACGCGGCGGGUUGCAGUGGACCCGCACGGGGACGCGGAGAACGGCCGCGGCUUCGCCCGGACAACUUCGCUAAACAGGUCUGGCACAGAUUGUCCCAGUGUGGCCCGUGAUGUUAUACGCCAGUAUCUGCGGCAGCAGCCUGACCAGACCGUGCUCAUUCUGCACGCCAAGGUUGCUCAGAAAUCGUACGGGAAUGAAAAGAGGUUUUUCUGUCCCCCGCCAUCUGUAUACCUGACUGGCCCAGGAUGGAGAAUCAAACAUGAACGGCUGAAAUCUUGUGGCCUUGGUGAAUCGAGUUGUAGACUCUGUGGUUACAUGGGCCUGGAUAAUAUGCUGACCAGUCAAGGAGAUGCACUGAAGGUCAACUUUGAAGAACUGCCGGACUCACAGAAGUUUGGCUGUGCCAAAGCAUUGUACAUUUCUGAUGCCGACAAGCGUAAGCACUUUCGAGUAGUUCUACAGCUUUUUCUCGGCAAUGGACAGGAGGUUGGGACCUUCUACAGCAAAUUGAUCAAAGUCAUUUCGAAGCCUUCCCAGAAAAAGCAGUCCAUUAAAAACGCUGAACUAUGUAUUUCGUCGGGCUCCAAGGUGGCCUUGUUUAAUCGCCUGCGUUCUCAGACAGUCAGUACACGUUACCUGUGUGUGGAUGGAGGAGAGUUCAUCGCCAGUGCACGGCAGUGGGGAGCGUUUACUCUCCACUUGGACACGGACUCCGGCCAGAAGGGUGAUUUCUAUCCUCAUGAUGGAUACAUUCGAUAUGGAACGGCAGUCAAAUUAACCUGCACCACUUCUGGAGUCUGCCUCCCAAGCAUGAUCAUUCGGAAGGUGUACAAGCAGUACGCAGUGCUGGAUAUCGAUGAACCUGUUUCUCAACUCCACAAGUGCGCCUUCCACAUCAAGGGAACCAACAGAAUGUACCUGUGCCUCUCCAACGAGAAGAUCAUACAGUUCCAGGCGAUCCCUUGCUCCAAAGAAGCCAAUAAGGAAGUGUUGACUGAUGGGGCCUGCUGGACAAUUAUUGGUACCGAGGCUGUGGAAUACACAUUCAGUGAGAGCCUGGCUCACCUGCACUCUCCUGUCACUCCUGUUCCUGUUAUCAACAGUCUUGAGCUGAAUGGAGGAGGUGACGUGGCAAUGUUAGAAAUCCAAGGAGAAAGCUUCAGCCCCGACCUGAAAGUGUGGUUUGGUGACGUGGAGGCUGAGACAAUGUACAGAAACCCCAAGUCCCUCCUGUGCGUGGUGCCCGAUAUCAGCUCGUACAGCAGUGAGUGGCGUUGGCUUCGUCAGCCCAUCACGGCGCCUCUCUUCCUGAUGCGGAGUGACGGACUCAUCUUCUCCAGCGCCUUCUCCUUCACCUACACCCCUGAGCAGAGCUGCUUUCCUGGUCAGAGGGUGGUUCGGGAAAUCCCUGAGGACUCCGACAACUUCCUCAACACUAUCCAUCAGGAGUUCACUCGCACCAACUUCCACCUCUUCAUGCAGAGCUAAGAGGGGAAAAGCCAAGGUCUCCUUCCAUUGUAUUGUGUUCCGGGUCAAGCUAAUGUCCUAUAUCUGUCACUCUGAGUUUCCUGACUUGUAUCGGUUCCUAGUCAGACAACACAUUCUUAAAGUUAGAUUCAUAGAACACUAUAGCACAGCCACAGGCCCUUUGGCCCAUCUAGUCCAUGCCAAACUGUUAUUCUGCCCAUUCCCAUUGACCUCUACCUGGACCAUAGCUCUCCAUACCCCUCCCAUCCAUGUACCAAUCCAAGCUUCUCUUAAAUAUUGCAAUCAAUCCUGGAUCCACACUUGUGCUGGCAGCUCAUUCCACACUCUCACCACCCUCAGAGUGAAGAAGCUCCCCCUCAGGUUCUCUUAAAUAUUUCACCUUUCACCCUUAACCUAUGACCUUCAGUUCUAGUCUCACCCAAUCUCAUUGGAAAAAGCCUGUUUGCAUUUACCCUAUCUAUACACCUCAUAAUUUUGUGUCAUCAUCAUGUGCUGUGUGGUAUGACAUGGGCAGGCAUGGUCUUGACCGUGAUUGUUCUUGGCAAAUUUUUCUACGGAAGUGGUUUUCCAUUGCCUUCUUCUGGGCGGUGUCUUUACAAGAUGGGUGAGCCCAGCCAUUAUCAAUAUUCUUCAGAGAUUGUCUGUCUGGUGUCAGACCAGGACUUGUGAUCUGCACCGGCUGCUCACACGACCACCCACCACCUGCUCCCAUGAUUUCACGUGACCCUGACUGGGGGGCUAAGCAGGUGCUUCACCUUGCCCAAAGGUGACCUGCAGGCUAGCAGAGGGAAGGAGCCCUUACAUUUCCUUUGGUAGAGACAUAUCUCCACCCCACCACCCAAUAAUUUAGGGUACCUCUAUCAAAUCUCCCCUCAUUUUCCUGUGCUCCAGGCAAUAAAGUCCUGACCUAUUCAACCUCUCCCUAUAACUCAGGACCGCAAGUCCAGGCAACAUUCUUGUAAAUUUUCUCUGGAUUCUUUCAAUACUAUUAGCAUAUUUCCUGUAGCUAGGUGACCAGAAAUGCACGCAGGUUAGCUUUAUGUUUAAAUUUUAUCCAUACUACUAACCCCGACGCCACCCCCACCCCACCAUGGGCCAGUGCCUCAAUUCCCUCUGUAUGUCCAGAAGCACGUCGAGCCUGAAGAGUCUUGCAGGUCUCUGUUCUCCCCAACUCUCACAUCUACGCACCUCUCAGAGAUCCUCUUCAAUGUUCAAAGUAAAUUUGUGAUCAAAGUACUGUACAUACAUGUCACCACAUACAACCCUGAGACUCACUGUCUUGCAGGCAUACUCUGUAAAUGCAAGAGCCAUAAUGCAAUCAAGAAAAGACCACACCCAAUAGCACAGACGAACAACUAAUGUGCAAAGGACAAUGAACUGUGCAAAUACAAAAAGAAAAUAAAUAAUAAUCAUCAUAAAUAAGCAAUAAGUAUUGGGAACAUGAGAUGAAGAGUCCUUGAAAGUGAGUCCAUAGCUUGUGGGAAUAGUUAAGUGAGGGGGCAAGUGAAGUUGAGUGAAGUUAACCCCUUUUGUUCAAGAGCCUGAUGGUAGAGUGGUAAUAACUGAUCCUGAGGUGUGAGUUCUGAGGCUCCUUUACCUCUUUCCUGAUGGCAGCAGUGAGAAGAGAGCAUGGCCUGGGUGGUGGGGUCUCUGAUGAUGGAUGCUGCUUACCUGUGACAACACUCCGUGUAGAUGUGCUCUAUGAUGGGUAGGGCUUGACACUCUUCUGGCACCCCCUACCCGACACCCCCCCAUCCCCAUCUUUUUCCUGUGUUUUGACAUUCAUCCUUUGUGACAGAGCACCUCGAAAUGUUUUGCCCUUAAAGGAUCUGUAUACCGUACAGUAACUUGAGGUGUUGAUAAGUAGGGACUCCUAACAUUCGAUCACAUUCCCUAGGACAUAGAAGAAUCCACACACUACAGGCCCUUUGGCCCACAAUGUUGUGCCGACUUAUUACCUAAUCCAAGAUCAAUCUAACCCUUUCCUCCCACAUCACCCUCCAUUUUACUAUCAUCCUUGGGUCUAUCUGAGAGUCUCUGAAAAGUCCCUAAUGUACCUGCCUUGACCACCAAUGAGUUCCACACACCCACCACUCUCUGUAAAACCUUACCUCUCUGAUGUCCACAUAAAUGCCACAAUCCUAACCCGUGCGUCUUUGGAAUGUGGGAGGAAACCAGUGCAUCCGGAGGAAUUCCACACGAUCAGAGGGAGAAUGUAGAGAGCAGUGGGAAUUGAUCCCCAGCUGGUGAUCGCUUGCGUUGUAAAUUGUUAUGCUGACCGCUAGGCUAUUGUACCACCCUAAUUGCGACAAUCUACGCCAGUCAGCACAAACUACGCUGCUGGAGGAACUCAGUUGGUCAGGCAGCAAUUGUGGAGAGAAAAUAGGCAGUCGACGCUUUGGGCUGAGACCCUUCAUCUGGACUGGAAGAUAGAGGGGAUACCUGUGUAAUGAAGUGAGUUGGAGUGAUGAAGCAAACGCUGGGAAGCCACAGGUGAGGAGAGGUGAUGGGCAGAUGGAGGAGGGAAGAGGGAGGUAGUAACAGAGGCUGGGAGGUGAUAGGUGGAAGCUGUAAAAGUCUGACAAAGAGGGAAUCUGAUAGGAAAGGACAGUGGACCAUGGAAGAAAGUAGACCAUAGGUGAAGAGAAGAGGAGGGAUGAGAGGGGAGCCAAAAUGGAAAAAAGAGUGGUGAGAGAGGGUUGAGAAAUGAUUGGGUUGGAGGAGGGGGAGUGGAAAUAGUGACAGAGGCUGGGAA